AUGCCCGAAAAAGAAGUUCUGCUUCCCUUGGAACUGUGGCGGGUUAUUUUAAACCAUCUUUCAGUGCGAGAUCUAUGUCGCUGUUCCCAAGUUUGCCAAGAAUGGAGGGAGUUAGUGAAAAGCUUAGAUUCUACCCGUUGGAAAGAGCUUUUUUUGGCUUCAAAACGGUGGAAACAUCCGAACUGGCCUAACUACACACAGAAAGAACCGUCCUCUUGGAAAGACACAUACAAAGUCCAUCAUUUGGCUUCGAAACAGUGGGUCAACCGCAGUGUCGAGGUUCGAUGUGCACCUUGCUUGUAUUUGUUCAGGCGAAGAUUAGAUCGCCGACGUAUCUUCCGUGUUGGAGCGGGCAGAGAAUUCCAGACUAUUAAAAGUGCAAUUGCUUCGGCUUCUCCUUUCGAUUGCAUUCUACUUCAGCCUGGUGUUUAUGAUGAGCAGCAUGUUUUGAGUUUGAAAUUCCCAAUCGAAAUCUGUGGUGAAGGAGAACUUGGCGAUGUCCUUGUUCAAAUAGCCAUCGAACAGCAAGCUUCGACCACACGAAUUCAAAACAUUAUUCUUCAACCUGGCCCGCAAAGAUCUCAAACUACACUCCCUGUCAUUUUAAAGGUAGGGUGAAAAAUACAGAUUUGUAGUUAAAAACCCAAGGCGUUAGGGAAAUUAGUUUUAUUAGCAGGCUCUCUUAUGUGGUCGCUAAAGAUCUGCGCUAUGUACUUCAUGCGACAUUUCAUAGUAAACAGACCUCCUAUUCUUAGUUUAUGAACUAACUUUUUAUCAUAAUUCUGGUCAAGACUUUCAUAUUAUUAUUUAAUUCACCGAGAGAUAUUUUAUAUUAAAUUUCUCGAACCAGGUCUGUUAUUAUGUAUUUCUUAGGUAACAUUUACACAAUUUAUAUUGAUCAAUAUAUUUUAAGUUUAUAGUGAAAUUUACCUCUCGGACAUUUGUGGCUUCAAAUGUAUCACUUUUUGCAGGAUAUUCUCUCCGCCCUAUUAAAGUUAAAUUAUUCUUUUAACCUGAAGUCAUAUUUUUAUAGCUGUGUUAAAGUACACUGACAACUUUUUUUUUAGUUUUUUACACUUAUAUUUCCAUAAUUUUCACAAAUUGGUUCAUGGCCGUAAGAGCUUCUGAAUUUGAAAAUUGUGGUAAAAAGUUGACUAAACUUAGCUUGUUAGUUCUCUUUUUUAUCACAUCUUAUUUGUAAAUUUGAAUUAAUUUCCUCUCUAAAAAAUCUUUUCCUCCUCUGUUUGUGUAUACUGGUACCAUGUACUAUUUAAGCUAGCAAAAACCAGCCGCUAGAUACAAAAAAUAAGAAGUUGGUUUGGCUAGCAUAUUUGUGAAAUAUUGUAUGUAUGGUGCGUGGCUCUUUUUCUUCCUUUUUUGUGCUUAUACAGGCCAGGUGGAAACAUCAAACUUUGCUCAACAAUUGGCACAUGCAAAGGUUUGACAUAUGAAUCAAUUACAUGUAUAAAUGUACAAAUCUAAGGAUCAACAGAUUUGUAUUUGGAUUGAUCCACUGUUGUAUUUGACUGAGCUCGUUGAAUAGAGUGAAAAAGAUUUACUUCAACUCAUACAUCGAACUUCCCAGGUGCUAAACACAAUGCAUAAAUUAUUUGUGGUUGCAGCUACAUAGCUUUUGCUAGGGUAGACAGAAAUCAGAAAAGGGUGAUGACGUUGUCAUCACAUGACAGUGUUCUCAUGUUAGGUUUUUGUGGCUACUGCCUCCCUUCAGCUUAAGGGAGAGUAGCCACUAUGUUGUGGCAUUGUGAGUUAAUCUGUAAGUCAGUAAGUUCAUAAACUUGCACAGGAUCGGAAGUCCAUCAUCUUGGUCUGAUUGAAAGUGUGGCCACGCAUUAAAAAAGCGGUUUAAAAAAUGCUUUUGGCAAUGCAUUUCGAUGGCAGAAGUAUUUUGCAGACAAAAUGGAAGGGGUUUGGACCAACAGCUAUAAAGUAAGAGGAAAAAUCAUUGUAUAAAAACAUUUGUGAUGCGUCUGUGUUGUGCUUCUGCCCCACAGUUCUUUGAUUGUACCUGUAUGACCACCACGGGGUUCAAGCCCUAGCUAGGCUAGCGGUGAAUUUUUUCUUUUUUAUUCGCUCUCUUUUUUCUUGGCUUUUUGUUUUUCUUUUAAUUCCUCAUUUAAUUUUCUACAGAGCACAGUUAGGGGUCUUACCAAAUUUAAGACACAAGGUAGACUUUCAGGUUUACAAUGAUUAACUUCCACUCGUGGACUGGAUCAUCCAGACGUUGAACUUGACGAGAAGAUGAGCAUUUUCUCUUCCACUCCCCAAGAUCAUGGGGGAUGUACAAAUUCCAGCUGGCUGGAAAGUGGUCUGAAAGUGAGAAAAUGUCAUGCUAUGCCACUCUUGAGAACCUGUAUGAGCCAAAAAUGGACAUGAUUUUGACCAUUAGCUUCAAAAUAGCAGUGGAAACAUGUCUUGUAUCCUACUUCGCUGAUGAGUUGUAUCAGCUUUGUAUGGUAUAUGUUUUUCAUUGCCAUGAAAUGCGUUUACGUUGUUUUUUCACUGAGCAAAACUCUUGAGAGAAUUUUAAAAUGCCUGGUGAAUUUUUGAAAAAUUCUAUUUACAACAUUGUGGACAGCCAAGUCAAGAUAUUUUCUUGUGUUUUAAUUCUUGUUGCAAAUGAGAAAAUCAUAGAAAGAAAAGUAGGCUAUGGAUAUUUUCUAAUUUCUCAGCACUUCAUUUUGCAGCUGUUAAUUUUUUUCCAAACAAUGAUGUAUUGCAUAUUAUGACAUCAUUUAAAACACUUUUUCCUGCAUGGCCAUUAUAUUACAUAAAAUUAUGUGAUAAAUUUUCCAUCUACUGAACAAGAAUAAAAAAGAUAAUAUUAUUAUUUUGAUAGUGAGAUAAACUUUUAAGAACCAAAAUAGCAAGAAUUUUUUCUGCCAGCUAAUGAAAACCUUGUCCUAUGGCAAUUAAAUACUAUUUUUUGGCAUUUUUUGUACUUAUAAUAAAGCCACUUAUGAAAGACAACAGCCUCUCUCUACUGAAUACAUUACACAGUGCAACGAAUGUUCUGUUUUGAAUAUGUCAUAGUUGUGUUAAUGGCACUGCAGGUUUAUCUCCAGUGCAAUAUCUUUUUCCACUACAUUUUUAAUGACAGACUGUUGAGUUAAAAACUUCUUUUGAUUGUCAUUUAACAUGUAAUUUUAAAGAUCAUAGAGUCUAGCAAGCCGUGUACAUACACUGUUUUUGACCACAUUCACAAAUCAGAAAAUUUUUCUCUUAGUCUAUAUAAAUUAGAGUCAUAAUACAUGUAGGUGACUGUGCCAUUGACAUAAUCAUGCAUAAUGUUUUUAACAGUAUAGUAGUUGUGAAAACAUUAAUCAUAUCUUACAAACAUAACUUCAGUUAUAUGUUAGAUAUUCAGAGUUUUCCGAGGAGAGCAACAGGGCAGCUGCUUGCUGCUUGCCCACUGACUCAAUAUUACACCUUUUAUGUUACAGGAAGUUUUGCCUUGUGUUAAUUACCAUAUUGAAGAAAAAAAAUAUACAAAAUUAUGUAGUUUCAGGUGAAGGAAAGAGGGGGGUAUUAUUUCAAAAUGAAUGAAAUAAAGGCAAUGUACACAAAGAUUUGAAACUUUGAAGAUUUGAAACAAUGGGGACAAAAAAAAUGCAAAAUUCAAAAAGCAAACAUUAUUCGGGUAUUCUUUAAAUUAUUUUAUUAAUGGGGACAAAAAAAAUGCGAAAUUCAAAAAGCAAACAUUAUUCGGGUAUUCUUUAAAUUAUUUUAUUAUAUGGCUUCAAUAGAAUACACGUUCUGAUUGGCUGUUUUCUUGUGAUGACUGGGCAUUACAAGCUAGGUAUCCAAGGCAUUACAAUCUGUAUUUAACUUGAUAGUGGUCAUCUUUAUGGACAUCCAUGUUAUGGUCAAUUGACAGCUGUCAAAAAUGGUAUCUGCUGAUCAUGACCAGUGUCAGCUGACUGUAUCGCGGGUUCAAGUGUACAACUCAUUGAGUUGACGUGUUUUUAAAAGUUUUCCGCUGACCAGUUGUUGGUUUUAAUUGAUCGCAGGCUCAGGUCCAUGAUGAAAAGGCCAUAUAAUAAAUAACUUAUUAACAUUGUCUAUCGCUCGGUCAAUACAUCCAGGCCUUGGUCUGAGAUUUCCCUGUAAUGACCAAUCGGAUUAGGUUAACAAGUAGUAUAUAUAGAGGAUAUUACAUGGCUGCGCCGGGAUACGAAUUUUAUCUUCGAGUUCGCGCACGAGUGAGAGAUACUUUCAGCAUGAGAAGAUAAAAUUUGUAUCCCCAAGCGGCCAUGUAAUGUUCUGUUUAUUUUAUAGAUAAUGACGAAAUUCCUACAUAAAACACAACUUUUUUUAAAUUAAUUUUCGAAACAGCAAAAUAGUGCAAUUUAUUAAAGUGGUCACCUAUCGCAAAAUGCCUGUCACAAAAAGUGUUAUGAAACUCGGAUAUAAAGUUAUAAAGGAGAAAUAAAGACAGUAAUACUUAUAUUUUCUGUUCAAAAAAGUCAAAAGUCAUGUUAGUAACCAUGGCGACACCAAUAACCUCACAUGUGAAAGAUAAAAAUAGUAUCUUCACUGCGUGCGAUGAAGAUAUGAUUUUUUAGAAAAAGGAAAAAUCCUGGUAUUUCAUUAGUAUCUAUAUAAUAAAGGGGAUUAAACGAAGAAAUCUUAAGUAAUUUAUACCAAUUCGAUGGUUCUUAACAGUUUCAUCUCCGAUACUGGCGGAUCAAUAGUGAGCAAAAAUGUACUCCUCUUCCCUGGGUGUCAAGAAUGUCUGGAGUGUAUUGAGUAUUUGAGGUUAAAAAAUAAUGGAAAUUAAGGUUAAUGAUACAGAAAUUAUUUUACUUACCCCAGCGGAUAGGAGGGCUCUCCCUUAUUUGGCCUAAGCAGGUAUAUGUUGUUAAACACCACUACUCUCUUCCAGAUCAUUCCAUCAAGGACACAGAACUCAUUCAGUUUCCAUAAGGCCCGUUAAGGACUUAUAAUAAUUUCUAAAGACAAAACACUUGAUUAUGAGGUUUCUUGUUUCACUACCUAAUUACUUCCCUUGAGUACCUGCCCCUCUCCUGCCCCCCACCCCUUUUAGGGUACAUGUAAAUAUACCAUUUUUUCAAACUUGUUUCAAUUUUAAUUUAGGUUGGUACUGGACAUGUUCAAGUUGACAACUGUGUUCUUGAGCAGGGCCAAGUACAGGUAUCAUCUCCUGGCAGUAUUGUUGUCCGCUACUGCACCUUUAAUAAUGCCUUUAUCACUCUACGAUCAGUUGGCUUUAGUAGGAUUGAAAACUGCCUAUUCAGCACAGACGAAACGUCAGCAGUUGUCAUAGAGGGUCUUCCACCAAUCACUAGACAAAGACCCAUAUCCAGACCAAUCGAGGACUGGAUGACAUCAAAUGGUAUUGACUCGCUGGGUUUAGAAGACUUAUAUGACCUGUCAGUUGUUGAUGGCGAUCAAGGAAUGAAGAAUGGAGCCAAGUUAAUGUCGGGGAAAGCCAUUGAACCACAAAAUGAGAAAUGUUUAAUGCCACCUGCUAAACUUCCUGACGAGCCAAUGAAAGGACACAGUGGUAGUCAGGUGACUGUUUUAACAAACGAUCUCAGUCAAACUAAGACUUCACUUGGUGUUGCAUGUCACACGCGGAGAUACUAUCUUGAUGCACAGUGUCGCGAGGUUGUGAGGUCUAUCCAUGGUUGUAUUGUAAGAAAAAAUCGCUUUUGUAUAGGAAAGGGGGCCGUGCUUGUCAGAAGACGAGGACAUGCAUGGAUUGAAGGAAAUGAAGUUGGCCGUUUAUCACACGGUAUUAGGUGUCUCACAGGUGCAAAAGUUGUGAUACUUAACAACAGAAUACACGACUGUGAAACUUCGGGGAUUUUUUUCAGAGAACGAUCUACUGGUCUGGUUGCAGGAAAUCACAUUUAUUCCAACAAAGAAGCUGGUACGGACAUUCGUAGUGGUUCAGACCCAAUCUUACAGCACAAUCACAUUCACAGUGGAAAACGUUCUGGAGUGGUUAUUUUAGACCGUGGUAAAGGGAUUAUUAGAGACAAUGACAUUUAUGAUAAUAAAGAGGCAGGAGUCUACAUUCUCUAUCGUGGAAAUCCCAUUGUCAAGUGAGUUACAAAUCUUUUCAAUUUUGCAAAACAUCACUAGCUGCAGGUUAAUGAUGAAGUUUCAUUUUAGCAUAGGGACGUGUUAUCUUAAUAAUAGGGAGCUUAAGAUCGGGCGACAGCGACGGCAACGAAAACAGCAAAAAAGCAAUAGGUUUAGAUUAGCAAAACCACAACUUUGCACGUGCAUCACGCUUUUUUGUACAUUUCUUUGCCGUGGUUGCAUGACUACAACGUGAAAAUGCCCAAUUUCACGUUUUGCUGGCGGACGGGAACACAAGACAACGACUUUCUUUUUCUUUUCCUGACCUUUGAUACACUCCUUUAGAAUCAACUCCAAAAAAAUUUACCAGCAUUUGACGAAUUAAACGAGAUAGAAUAAGCGUCAUAAAGUUUAAAGCAGCAAGCAUUCACUUUUUAAGUGAUGUUUUCGUAGCUGUCCCCGUCGUCGGAUCUUAAGCUCCUUAGUAAUGGUAAUAGGACUGAGUGGAGUCCUAUUCGGUCUGUAAUCAUACGAGAUAUUAACAAAAUCGGACGACUGCGUAGCGGGAGUCCGAUUUGUUUAAUAGUCACGAGUAUGAUUGCAGACAGAAUUGGAUGAAAUGAAGUUCUGUUACCAAUUAAUCAUAACUACAACACAAUUUGUGAUGUUUUAGCGCCCUUGAAAAUAAAAAGCACAAGAAUUUUCAAGAGUUUUCUUGCUAGCAGUGAAAAAAGAGCCAUUUUAGUGCAGAUGGCGCGUCCUGUCCAAUAUUACAUAGGCAUGAUGCGUACUGUGCGAUUACACUUUCCCGUUAGUGCUGAAAUCAGGACAGUUGAUAGCCAAUCAAAUUUGAGAAUUUUGUUAUAGUUAUGAUUAAACCUGUAAAUGUACCUUAAACAUGCCCAAUACAUUUCAUUGCAGACACAACAGAAUCUGGUCAGGACGAGCAGCUGGUGUUGCUGUGACAGAGGAAGGAAAGGGCCACAUUCUCUACAAUGACAUUUAUGGAAUGGAGUGGGGUGGCGUAGACAUCCGCAAUGGUGGUAACCCUGUGGUGUCUAAUAACUGGAUCAGGGAUGGACAUGCUGACGGAAUUGUCAUUGGAGAGGGUGGCAAGGGAGUCAUCAUGGAUAAUGACAUAAGAGGUAUUUAAUUCUCAGUGUUGUUGGAGGAAAAGCCGAUACUCUUACCCGGGUUUUGAAUUAAUUUCCUCAUGACAUCUCGCUACCAUGAGGCAGACUCGCCACCAACGAAUAACUCUGAAAUAAUUGACACAGUUUAAUACCUAGGAUUACUUACCUAAGAUUAAUUUUAAUAUUUUUUACUUCUUCGUGAAGCUUCUGCGAAUUUAAAGUCGACCAAAAUACAAAUCUGUCGAUCCUAACUGACGAUCCUUGCGUUGAACGUCUUACGCUCUCGAUAAUGCAAAUACUAAUAAUACAUGUGUAGGUUUCGUGAAUGAAAACUUUGACAUAUGAUAGAUUAAAAAACUGGCAGAAACGUUUUACAACCACUAGUCAUUUCUUUGCGAUAUGAAAAUAAGGCAACAGUUAAGAAAUUUCCGUUCAUGACGGUUCAAAACCAUGCUAAGCCAAGUUCUAUUUUUGGUGGCGAGGUGACCAGGAACCGGUGAACCGAUUUUUCUUUUUUCGGAGGAAAAAAAAAACAGUUUUUGUGUUACACUUCUGUGCUGUAGGUCUUUUGGGAAUUUGGCUGUUGUUCAAGAUUGCCUCUGCCUGCUUCUAUUACACCUGAAUACCUUGCUCUCUCUCACCGCUAGUAAAAAUAAGGGCUCAUCCUGUCCCACCGGGAUUUGAGUUCCUCACCUCACAGACACUGCCUGUGUUUUAGCACUGACGGUAAUGAAACUACUAUAAAGCCCGGUUUCCGGAUAUGAUUGCUCCAAUCACAAAUUUCGUCAAGCGUAGUAAUCAUAUGGAAACCAGCCUUAAAUGAAACUUCGGAAAUUCGGACUUUGAUUUAUUUUUGUGGUCCACAUUGAGUCGUAUGCUUGCACUUCUUUCGCUGUCAGUCCAAGCCCUACAUGUGUGCAUUCUGUGGAAAAUAAUAGCAUAACGGGUAUAUAUGCGAUUGCUACGAUUAUUAAAGGAACCAGGGCUUUGUUAAUGAAUCUGAUUCAUGUUUUUUUUUAAGAUUCUGCUAAUGCUUGUUCUUGUAAUAAUAUUUUAGAAUUGAGGCUGAAAACGAGUACGAGAUUUAACUUAAAGUUUUUGCGCGUGUUCUCAAACAAAAAGACACCCGGGAAACCUCCAUUUUCCUUUUUUUCACCGAAAAAGCUAGUACGGUUAUUUAUACUGAGGGAGGUUAAGCCCUCUCCCGAUAGCAAAAUGAUAAAACUUCUUACAUUUCAUAACUUGUUUUUGCCACUACGACAUUCUCCCUAAAACCCGUUGUAGAAUGACGACGGCGAUCACGUUUUCCCGCCAAAGACGCUGGUUCACGCGCGUGCACUACUUAGUAUUGGGAAAAUCUCGUACUCUUAGUCGUCCUCGUCCUCGUCCUCGAAUCUAAACAGGGGCACCCAACGAGGAUAUAGUUCAAAACCACUUAACAUAGCAUUGUUGAACGUAUUUUAGUAUUCAAACGGUAGAUGUAGGCAUAUUUUUAUCGCCUAAAAACUUUUCAUCUGUUCGGAUUUCCUAGCUGAAAAUCUAGUGAUCCGAAAAUUAUAGGGAUAGAAACUUACCUUCUCGAAAAUUUCAGCCAGGAAAAGGCUCCCGAAAAUUCUAGGUGGCCUUUUUUAGGGUCAAAAUCUGUUAAAAACGGGUGAUUAUACCAUUGUGUAGGUGUUCGUAAAUCCUAGGCGAGGCAGGCAAGCAAGAAAUUUUACAACAAAUGCUCCGAAAAUUCUAGAUCUCAAAUCGUCUUCCGAACAGAUAUUUUCCCGAAAAUUGCCGUUGGGUGCCCCUGUCUAAAGCUCUCUAUUGUCAUCCAGGAAACAGUGGUUGUGGAGUGUGGAUCCUCACUGUCUCCAAGCCACUCAUCUACGGAAAUCGAAUCGCGGACUGUGGAGACAGCGGAGUGGCUCUUGUUAGUAACAGUGACCUGCAUCAUGAUAAUCAACAGCUUAGCUCACAAUUUUCGCAGUCAGAGCAAGAGGUAAGUCGAGUAAUGUCGUAUCUUAACCCUUUCAUUGCCAAAUGUGGCCGAAGGCAAAUUUCGGCCAAAUUUCCAAAUUUCGUUUUCAAAAAUUUUGACAAACAAAUAGCAUCAUGUGAAAGUACAGGAAGAGAGCUUUCAUUUGAAUGGUCAUAUCAUAGGAUUUCGUGCUCAGACUCAUAAGUUAGAGUCGCCUUACAAAACUCCAUCAAGUACUCUGGCAGUGAAGGGGUUAAUACAGCAUGUGUCAAUCUCGUACCCGGGGUUCUCUCCUACCCUUCCCUACGGAGCGAGAGAGAACCUGGGAACGAGGUUGUACAUGUAUAUGGCUGAAUCCGCGAGCGGGCAAGGUGAAGCGAAUCCUUUGUUCUGAUAAGCUAUCGGAGCGGGCAAGAUCGGCCCAUCUUGCUGGUCCAUCCUGCGUUGCUCCUGCGAGAAAAAUUUCCUUUUUUUGGCUAUUUCGUAAGUUCAUUAUUGACCAGGUUUGUUUCAUCAAGAUGGCUGAAUGUUGGCCUGUUCUUUUUUUUACGUUUUUUGUUGAGUGAUUUUACUGGGAAAAUUUUGGUGUUUUGAAUAGGUGGUCGCUCAUGGAGGUUAAUUCGACCUUAUUUGAUGUUAUUUGGUGUACUCAUCACUUAUGUCCAAACUACCGUUAGCUACGGAACUGUGUACAGUCCUAGCCUGAGUAUCAGGCGUUUCUCCUCUCCCCUAGCCCCUUAGGAAGGCCUGAUACUCAGGCUAGUACAGUCCCCAUCCCCUCCCCUCCCCUCCCGAGGGAAGGGGAUGGCUGCACGGCUACCAUGAAAUCUUUCUUUAUGAUUCAAUUGUUUUACCCCCAUUUAGGAACAGCAAAUGCAACCGUUAUUCUUUGAUGAAGAUUUGUCUUCCGCUUCCAACUUUGACGACCACGAGCAGUCAAUUGAUUUGAACGGUAAGAGAACAUAGUUUCUCUCCUAAGUUACAAUUAGACUGUUUCAGGAGGAGCCCCUUAUUUUCCUCGGGGAUGAUAGGGCGUGCAUAAUACACGAGUGCGCGUGCAAGCCCCCCAUGAGGAAGGUUUAUUCUCUCUUCCCUCUUUCCCUCCGCUUGUCAGCUUUCUCGUGGGUGAAAUUUUUCGCGCGCACUCACGAGUUUCAAUCGCUCUGUUAUCUAAGAGGAAAAUAAAAGACUGCUCGUAGUGCAGUAUUUUUCGGUAAGGCCCAGCAAAAUUAUUAAUCUGGCCAAUCCCAACACAGCUAAAAGUCAAAUAAGUCAGUUAGUUCUUUAAGCGGAUUGUAGUUAGCGCCAGUCGCGGGAAAACGUCUGAUUUGUUUUGCCUUCCACUUCUGAUUGGCUUGAAAAUUGUCUCGAGAUUUUUCAGUCAAUCGCGAAGCGCGGAUGCUAGACAAUUGAAAACCAGGGCGGCCCAACCUAUAUCCGCCCUGUUGAAAAUCCGUCUAAAAGUCGCUGUGCAAGGCAUCAUCAGGGAAGUGUUUUGUUCACACUUAGGCUUUUCUUUUCUCGGGAAGACACUACAAAUAAAUAAAAGGAGUAGAUUGUAUUGUGCUUUUUUCUUUUCAUGUUUAACAGGCCCUCGACCAGACAAGAACUUUGCUUGUGUAGACAACAACACAAUUUUCGACAAUGCAGGUCACGGUAUCUAUUUUUCCGGCAGCGAGGGGCUGCUUAUCAGAGGCAAUAACGUGCACAACAAUGAAGGCUGCGGUAUUAAAAUCGCUAAGCCAGCGGAAAUCACCAUUGAGGACAACAGUGUCUGCAGAAACAACAGCUCCGGCGUAAGCAUUGAAAUAGCCUGCAGUGCCAAUGUCAGCGGAAACGGUAUCUAUGGAAAUCGAAAGCACGGAAUUGUCGUGUCUGGAAAGGGCUUGAUCAAGGAAAAUGACGUUUUUUGCAACGCUUUAAGUGGGGUUGAACUAAGAGGUCCUGGAGAUCCUUACAUCACUAGAAAUCGCAUACAAUCCACCGACCACUACGGCGUAAAUAUUCUCGAAAACGCGCGUGGAUAUGUGGAUAGUAAUGACAUUUACCAGUGCAGCGCGGCAGGUCUUUAUCAACACCCCGACAGCACAGUAUUGGUGAUAAACAAUCGCACCAUUCCUGUCAAUACCAAAAAUGGUCGUCAAGUGCGCAUCGUCAACGAAGGUACUAACGACUGCAGGCACGACCCGGUGGGACUGGAUCUAGACUCGCCUCCGCGUCCACUACUUCCUGAUAAGAACAGUAAAUUUCCGAGGCCGGCAAUGUCCCGGAUUUCGAUGUCAUCGUCAGGGAAUGGACACUUAGUGGCGGGAAUGGCGUCAUGUAAUGGACGAAGUCGUUUCUGCGUGGUUUCUUGAUUAACACUAAGCUGGUCGGAUAUUCCGGCUACAUUAACCAUCACAUUCCGUCGUGAGCCCAACUAAUAAUAGGUAUCUUGUCAGCGUCUUAGACUUUUAGUUUGAAAUUAGAUUUCGCUAUUUUCACAAUCGUCCGCAUAAUCCAAUAUGGUAGUUGAACUCCCGCGAGGUACUCGUUUUCAAUACAAGGCUGAAGUCGAGGUUCUCGACUCCAGACCUGUUCUCCAUUGUGCAUGACUGAGCCAUAACACCCAAGGCUCUGGUGACGAGUAUGAGUCAACACACGUUAGUCACUAAAGCAUGCUCAAUUGAACAGGAAUAUGUUUACUGCAAGCGUGCGUUUUCCCAUAAAACGAUUUAAUGUCACGUUUCACGUCGGCUGUUGUUUGCAGAAAACAGUCUUUAUCUAUUGCUUUACUUUUAUAAGCUAUUUUAGAUGUCGGUAAACAUAAACACAACGCAUAAACACAAAAUUGCUUUCUACCCAGGUACCAAAAAUUUUCGGAAAUGUCGUUCGGUAAUUUUCGUUUUCUUUUUCCAUUUACCUGUCGUUUUUGCCGAGGAGAAACAGGCGCGGCUGUGAAGACCUGAAGGCCUGAAACUUGUUAGUCUUCCUCCCAGCCUCGUCCGCCGGCCAGUUCGUGCCAACCGAGUGACAUUUUUCCGAAAAGCUUGACACAUGACGUCCGUCCGAAAUCGCCGAGGACGACUGGGAACGAGGCUGUCUUUAGUCUUCCGGCAUGUUUCCGGCAUGCGUUCUUUGUUUCGUCACCAAACGCUGCUUUCUGUUCGAUGGUGUUUCUUUUAAUGAUCAUGUUCUCUAAAGAACAUACACACUAGAUGCUUAUUGCAUUUGGAUACUUAAUGAGAAAAAUAUGUGUUCAGAGAUUAAACUAAACAUUUUUAUCCCAGUGUAAAACACAUUAAAAGUCUCCAAUUUGUUAGGUAAAAAAUAUAUAAAUUUUGAUAUCAAAAUUUACCAAACGUCGCCAUUAACAAAAAAAUCUGCAAUUGCGCGAAAACAAACAAACAAACAAACAAAAUAGUUAAUAAGUAAAUUUAUUUUACACAAUAGUUAUUUAUGUUUUUUGCUUAUUUUGCUUAUUGUACGGGUCAAGGGUUGCCACUUAAUGCACCUUCCUGAAUCCGCCUUUAAUUUCCGGUUUUUCGAUGCAUUUAUAGUUUGUAUUUUUUUUGUUUUUGAUUUGUUUUUGUUUUUUUUUUGGUCGUAUAUGUAUGUCGUACUUUAUACCUUUUCCGUCUUUCCCUCGCCCCCAGGCUGUCCUCUACUCGUCCCCGGAGCGGGAUAUGACAAGUAGGAGAGAACCCUGGGAACGAGGUUGCCUUUCCGGCAUUCCGUUCAGUGAGCACACAAUAAAACGAGGUCGAGGCUUGAGUGGAGAAUUCCAUACAAAUCGCUGAUUUUGUCUCAUCAAGCCUCAGGCCAUUUUGUCUCUUCUUGAUCGUGAAGGAGAAAGAUAGGCUCUUCCUGAACCGCGUCAAGGCUUUGAAAUCACCUCAGGCCGAAUUUCUAAACUAGUCAAUCUUGUUUUCUCUCGUCAAAACUAGUUUUUCGAUCGCGAGCGUCCGUUUAUUCGGAUAAACCGAUGGUCAUAACUGACCCCGCUGAACCAAGCGCACAGCUAUUAGGUCUGGGUUCGAAACAGUAUUCUAACAACAUGCAACUCAUGUUCAACGAAGAUUUUUACUCGAUCAGUCAUGCAGAUUAUUUUCAAGUGCGCAAAAUCGAGCAUGCAAGUGAAAGAAAGGCUCUGCUAGUAUCGUGGAACCUUUCACGGAAAUGAUGGAAGGGCCUAUUUUUUAUCGUAUUGUGAACAUGGCAACAGAAAACAGGCAAAAACGUGCUACUAUUUCAUACAUAAAAGUGUGAGUAACUAGCCACUCGAUAAAAAAUAGAAUGUUGAAGAGAGUUUGUUUAUUGGUACUAAAAUGUAUGUAUAGAAGAUUAAAAAGCAGUAAUAAGUGUUACUUAGGAAUUCAGCUUUCACAACCAGAUGAUUAAUUUGAACGUAAAUUAUACCUGUAUCUAAGCUAAUUUAACCCAAACUUUGGUCGUUUGUCUCGACUUUAACACCACAAAUUGGAUUAAUUGUGUGGAAUGAAAUUUGAUUAAAUCGUAUACUUGAAGAG